AUGUCAGCCAUUCGCACGGCUUUGCUCACUCUCGGCGCAGCGUCUGCAGCUGUGGCCAGCAGCCAUGACACUUUAAAGUCGUGUUUAAAGUAUGCGUUGACUGAUAGCGGCAAGGUCGCUUUCCCUGGUGAUUUGCUCUACCAGGCUUCCGACGUGCAGGCAUAUAACCUCGACAUCCCGCUGACGCCCGCUGCUGUUACCUUCCCAGCUUCCUCGCAACAAGUUGCAGCCGUUGUCAAAUGCGCUGCCGACAACGGAUACCCGGUCCAGCCUAAAAGCGGUGGUCACAGCUAUGGCAAUUAUGGCUUGGGUGGUGUUGACGGAGCUGUCGUCGUCGAUCUGAAGAACCUACAGCAAUUCUCAAUGGAUAGCACAAACUGGGAGGCUACAAUCGGCAGUGGAACUCUACUUAGAGAUGUAACACAGCGCCUCCACGAUGCAGGAGGUCGCGCAAUGUCGCACGGAACCUCCCCGCAGAUCGGCUCUGGCGGCCACUUUACGAUUGGCGGGUUGGGCCCGACUUCUCGCCAGUUCGGCUCUGCGCUCGACCAUAUCUUGGAGGUGGAGGUUGUCCUCGCGAACUCGAGUAUUGUACGGGCAUCUGAAAAGGAGAAUCAGGAUAUUUUCUGGGCUGUGAAGGGCGCCGCCUCGGGCUUUGGCAUCGUCACGGAAUUCAAGGUUCGGACUGAGCCAGAGCCCGGCACUGCUGUGAAGUAUGAGUACACUCUCAAGGUCGGCACCACUGAACAGCGGGCAAGCCUUUUCAAGCAGUGGCAGGCCUAUAUGACCAACCCGGACUUAACAUGGAAGUUGGCGUCCACUCUCACUUUGCUCGAAGACACUCUCAUUAUCAGUGGCACUUUCUUUGGCACGGAGGAAGAGUACAAGGCACUGGGUAUCGGCAGCCAAUUCCCCGGAACCAACAGCAGCGCUAUUGUUUUCAAAGAUUGGCUUGGCCUUGUCGCCAAUUGGGCUGAGGAUGCGGCCAUGGAGCUGUUUGGUGGCGUGCCUGCUCACUUCUACGCCAAAUCUAGCUCCUGGACUCCUCAGAACCUGAUGAGCAAUGAGACGAUUGACAAGAUGUUUGAGUUCGUCGACUCUGCUGACAAGGGAACACCGAUCUGGUUUAUUGUCUUUGAUUUCGAGGGUGGCUACACCAGCUCAGUGCCAUCCACCGCAACUGCAUACGCUCAUCGGGAUGUUAUCAUCUGGCUGCAGUCGUAUACGGUCAAUCUUCUGGGCUCUGUUUCCCAGACUCAAGUCGACUUCUUGGACAAAGUCAACAAGCUCGUUACCCCGACUGAUGUCCCUUACGCUGCUUAUCCCGGCUACGUAGAUCCUCGACUGGACAAUGGAGCGGAGGCGUACUGGGGAUCGAAUCUACCUCGCCUGGAGAAAAUCAAGCGCGAGGUCGACCCCGACAAUGUCUUUCGAAACCCUCAAAGCCCCCAAGCGGCAUAA